UGUUUUUCAACAAUUAUAGAUGAAAACCACCGCUGCUUUCCGCAAAGAGAAUGCUGCUCUUUUGCAUGGUUUAGUAAUCGAUCAAGUUAAAGACAAAUUCGUUAAUUUUGGUGUUAUAAACGUUUUGAAAAAUUGCGAUCAAUUGGGACGUCGUGUCUUAAUUGUUAAUUGCGGUCAAUUGUGGGAUCCUAAUGAUGUACCCGCUGAUGAUGUUUUCCGUAUGUUAUAUAUGGUACAUAUUGCAGCUCAAUUGGAGGAAGAAACUCAAAUUCGUGGUGUUGUUUGUAUUAUGGACUUUGAUGGUCUUGCGAUGAAACAAGUUAAAGCCUUGUCACCCAGUUUCUCGAAACGUUUAUUGACUUUCAUACAAGAUGCCAUGCCCUUGCGUAUGAAGGAAGUUCAUUUUGUUAAGCAACCUUUUAUCUUUAAAAUGGUUUGGUCUCUCUUCAAGCCAUUUGUUCGUGAGAAAUUGAAUAAGAGAAUGCACUUCCAUGGCAGUGAUAUGAAAUCUUUGCACAAAUUUUUGUCGCCCGAAGUUUUGCCUGAAAAUUACAAGGGUAAUUUGCCUAAAAUUGAUUAUGGCGGUAAGGACUGGCUACCAGCUGUUGAAAAACAUACAGACUUUGUUAAGGAAUGGUCUGAAUUUGGUCCCGCCAAGUGGUAAAUUCCUUAAAGUAAAUUUCUUAGUGUAAAUGUAAGAACAUUCCUUAGACUUGUAUAAACAAAUAGUAGAAUAAAGUUAAAACAUUUUAAAAUAAAUAAAUCAAAGUGUUUAUAAAUAUUUUAUAUUA